CUCACUCGAGUGUGAACAGGCAGAAACUGCCACCGAAGAAGGGCCCAGAGUCCUCUCCCCGGGACAGCCAGUGUUGGGAAACCUACAGUACUUGAUGUUGUGGGAAAUGGGGGAAAAGGACGACGUUGAAGCGUACUUGCAUGCUUUUGAGACCAUUGCUACCAGAGAAAGAUGGCUAGAAGGCCAGUGGACUAAAAUGCUAGCACCCUUUUUAUCGGGGGAAUCUCAGAAAGCCUUCUUAGACCUAGAUCCUGUGCUAGGACACUUAUGCCUCCUUAAAGGAAUAAAUAUUAAGUUGUAGUGGUCUUUCCGAGUUUGGAAGUUUAGUGCGCCGAUAUAUAGUGCUAGUGCACUUGCGUCCUGACCCGAGUUCGAUUCCGGAUUAAUUGUUUCAUAUUUCUAGUUCUUAUAUGUGGUGGACUGUUCUUUUAUUUGGGGUCAUAUGGAGGCAUCUGAAGCGGUUUAAAUAUGUAUUUUGGACCGUCAAAAAUGUAAUAGCCAUUGACUUGCAUUAGAUGGAGAAAAAUACAGAGUACCGCAUAGUGAACAUCAAUAGUAAAAUGCUCUAUUUGUUUUAUUUUAAAUGAAGGUUUCUGUACAUGUGACAGCUCAAAAAUGUGUCCAAUAAGCAUGAUGAAACGAAGUUCCCAUUGUUUUCCUCACUUCUCAUUUAUUAAUUUCUGUCACACCCAAAAGCAUCACUGAUGCCGACUGUGUAUUUAAAGCAGAUGUGCUUCUGUCUUCUCUGCUCUAACAUCAAGAGCAGCUUCACACCAUGUUUAUUAUGGCUCUGCUCACCAGUGUUGUGCUGAGACCAUUCAGCGCUCAGGCAAGAGUGGUCACGGACUUCAAUGAAUGUAAUGCGUUCUUCUACAAACAAACUGAACCAAUAGGAAUGGAUCAGAAUGCCAAGAAAAUCUGUCAGAUUUUAGAAAACAACGCCGCUACUUACGCUACGUUGUACUCAGUAUUUCACAGGACUCCUCUCUACAGCGCAUACAGAUUUGACCCUGACUGCAAGACUGGCAGAGGAAGGCCAACCAGGUGGUAUUUAGAGCCACAGCUUUCCCAACCCGAAGAUUUGAGAUUACACUCUAUGGUCCCUGAGACAGUAAAUAAUAAAAAUGCUUAUAAAGAAAAUCAAGCCAUCACUGAUGACUUCAGUUACACCGGAUAUGAUCGUGGACACCUGAACCCCAACUUAUUCCAAUGUGAUGCUGGUCGUAUGGCAACAUUCACUCUGACCAAUGUAGCACCUAUGGACGCGUGCUUCAACAGUAAUCAAUGGGGAAAGUGGGAGAAAAAAUUGAAGACAUUUUUACUAGACAUGGCUAGUGCUGACUUUGGUCGUGCUACAGUGUACAUAGUCACAGGUACGGUACCCAAUGCGAAUCUACGAAUACCACAAAGGGAAAUCUCUGAAGAGUACGAAAGGGUGACCGUGCCCUCUCACAUCUGGACGGCUGUCUGUUAUGAACACAACGAUAGUGAAGAUAAGUCUUUCUCCUUUGGCUAUAUUGGGGAAAACAGGCCGGAAGGUGGCAUAAGCCUGAUGAGUGUCUCAGACCUGAACACAAAAAUAACAAAUCUCUAUAGUAAGCUGUCAGAAAUUAGAAUUUUUGAGGAUUCUUGUUUUGGUGACAAUAAUAAAUUAGAAAACGUUAAGGCCGAAUUUCAGAUAUUAAUCGACCUACAAGUGAACCAAAAUGUCCAAAUGAGCUCAGACAUACAAAACACAUAUCUCGCAUUGAAAAGGACUGUCAGCAGUGACAACUAUCCUGAAAAGAAAUUCAAGUUGAGUGAGAUGACAGUAAAAUUAGCCUUCGAAAGCAUGAGAACUUAUGUCAGUGUGGCAGAGAAUCUGAAGUUGAAUUAUGGUGGAGUUAGUUGUCUUAUAACUCAUGCUAAACCACUAGUGAGGAAUUAUAUCGGAAAAAGGGACGUAUCAGGGGUGUCAGAUGCUGUUGAAUGCCUGCUGACCCCAGAGAAGCAGAAGACUGCAGCUGAUGGAUCACCCUGCUUAACCUCCUAUGACAAUGAAUACAGCUGUCAGUGCAACACAGAAGGUGAAACCAAGUCCUGCUGCUCCUCUCCGUGCCACUACCAGGACAAAUUCAAGUUCUACGGGUGUUACUCGGGCCAGACGCUGAUAGAGUGCUCACCCCAGUACUCACUCAUCACGUAUAAAGGAGAGAGGUGCUUGGAUAAUCACCCAUGUGCCACAUAUGGUCAGGACUACUACUGGUGUCGCACCUCUGACAGCUGGGAGUACUGCAGUCCUCCACUGUGGAAGAGUAAGACUCAAAGCGGGAAGUACUGCCGCACCGGCCAUGCCUGUGCCAAAUAUGGUUCGAGCCAAAUGUGGUGCUUCACAGACGAUCGAGACAAUUAUGAUUAUUGCUGUACUUGUAAGGACUCCUCCUCAGCUUUGAAUGGCCAAACCUGUAGGUCUGAUCACCCCUGUGGCUACCAUGACAAAACUUACCUGUGGUGCUACACUGAUUAUGUUGACAACUGGGAUUACUGUUGUGAUUGUGAAGUAUAAUUAUGAUGACUAAAGCAAAGCUUGGCCAAUUUGAUUGUGAUUGUACUUUGAACUCUUACUAACCUACAAACUGUGUAACAUAAGAAUAAAGACUCUCAUACUGUACUGUAUGUAGGCCUACUUCUGAAAUUAACAGCAGCUUAAAAUGUUUUUUUUUUCCAUAGUAAAUUACUGCAAAAACAAAAGGCUCAAUAAAAACAUCUAUGAAUCUAUAAUAUGGUUGCAAAUUUUUACCCAAAGUAGUAUAGUUUGUUGUAAGUAAAAACAAAUCUCUGACAUUAAUGAAUGUAUCAUCAUAAAUUAAUAAAUGCAUCUCUAAUAAAUGCACGACUACACAAAGCUUACAGAACAGUGUGAUUAUCAUGAAUAAU